AUGACUUCAUGUGGUCGCCUCAAGUGCAUGGUGGAUGGCUGUGGCGUUGUCGUGUGGUACACCUACUUCAAGGUGCACAUGACCAAGGACCACCCGGAGAUACCCCAAUACCGCAAUAUCCGUAAGCGGUACGGCCGCCAAGUCGAUGCGAACGACAAGGUGCUUGAGGACGAGGGCGUCGCAGAUUUGCACCCUGACGACGCGGACGAGGACUACGCAUUUUCGCCGCCGACAACCCCUGUAUCGUUGCCCUCGUCCACCCCUGUCACGCCGUUCGAGUUCAUCAGGUCUUUCAAAUGA